AUGAGGAGGCGACCGUACACGUCGAGUUCCAGGAACCGCAACACCAAGACCGACGUCCUCGUUGAAUGCAUCUACACUGACGGAAUGACAAAGACAACGUACGGCUCUGGGUCGGAGUCAGCGCUGAACGCAUCCCCAGACAUAUCCAUGUCAACGAGAACUCUUGCGGAAGAGGUUCAAGCCAUUCGCGACGCCUUUGAAUCGCUCGACUACAACGAUGUCGACAGUCACUUUGCGUGCGCUGAAGGCGAUGAGCAACCGUACGUUGUAUGCCGUGACGUGACCGUGGACGCGUUCAACGAGUACAUCCGCCUCGAGGAGGACGAAAACGACAAGCUGCCCGUGGCGUUGCGGUUCCUGGAUCUCGAUGAGGACGGGCGUAUCCUCAUUGUCGAAUGGUGA